CGAAUGAGACGAUAAUAAACAUGGCGGCUUCCAUGGGGGCUCUCCGGCUAAAUGUUCUGUCACUGCAGAGGAUUUUGACAGGAAUCUCACAUUUGAGUCCUGGAGGCUGGGCAGUUUGUUCAUCGCACAAAAAAUCCAACAUAUUCAGGCUACGGCCUCAAGCAUCAUUCAGCACUCACUUUCAUACAUCAACUAUCUUUUCAUCUCAACCCAAAAUCACAGUCACAGAGGAGCCAGACAUUCUCUUCCAGAAAGUGUCUGUGUUGGUCAAAGGACAUGAUAAAUCUGUUUUGGACAGCUUUGAGUUCUUUGCAACAAUGGCAGCAAAAGAGUUGGGCCUUUCUCUUGGCAAAAUUUUUGAACCACCAAAGGAUAUUGAAAGGUUGACAUUGUUGAAGUCCGUUCACAUCUUCAAGAAGCAUCGAGUCCAAUAUGAGAUGAGGACACACUACAGGUGCAUUGAGCUGAAUCAUGUAACUGGCUGCACAGGUCAAGUGUACCUUGAAUACAUUCAAAGGAACCUUCCUGAGGGUGUAGCAAUGGAAGUGACAAAGACUGCCAUGGAGAAGAUUCCUGACCACAUACUUGAACCAAUGUGGAAAGACCAGCCCACCGAAGACAAGCCGGGCCAAUAAAAUGUUUACAAUCAUAUUUGCAAUAAAAAUAGUAUUACC